AUGCAAGAGAACGACUGGACGGCCUCCGGGUCCAACUCCCCGCUCCGCCCGGAGAGCGUGGUGGACAGCGACGGCUGGGAGUCCACGCAGUCGGACCUGCACACCAUUGAGACCUUUGUCAAGAAGGCCAAAUCCUCGAAGAAAAAAGCGGCCUUCCGGCGACUGAAAUCCGACAGCUCCUUGCUGGAGAAGAUGAAACUCAAGGACUCCCUUUUCGACCUGGACCCGGUGGGCAAACAGCCGCCCCCGCUAGCCGGGCCCAAAGCCGCCGCCGACAAGAAGAAGGACAAGCGCAGCCGGAAGGCCGCCUUGGAAGCCGGGGCCGCCAAGCGGAACCGGAGCGACUCGGUGGGCGAGAAGCGCUCGCGCAUCAAAAAGAGCAAGAAGCGGAAGUUGAAACGGUCGGAGCGGGGCGAGAAGAAGCACAAAACCUCCGUGAGCGAGACGGACUCGGAAGAGGAGGAGGAGGAGGAGGAAGAGGAGGAGGAGGAGGUGGUGGACGGGGCGGCCCCUCUGCGGCCGGCCCAGGCACCGCCGGAGCUGCUGGCCACCCCGUUUCCCAUUAAGCUGGAGGACACGGAAGGGAAGGAGGGCAUCAGCACGGAGACCAGCCAGGACGGGGAGGAAGGCAGCUCCAGCGAAGGAGAGAUGAGGGUCAUGGACGAGGACAUCAUGGUGGAAUCAGGCGACGAUUCGUGGGACCUGAUCACCUGCUACUGCCAGAAGCCCUUCGCCGGCCGCCCCAUGAUCGAAUGCAAUCAGUGCGGCACCUGGAUCCACCUCUCCUGCGCCAAGAUCAAGAAGACGAACGUGCCCGACAUUUUCUUCUGCCAGAAAUGCAAAGAAAGCACGCGGAAGCAGGCGCUGCUGAGCCCUCAGCCCCCCACGGCGCUCGGCGCAACAGCCCCUCUGGCAUCCCGGGCAGGCGGGGAGCCCUAG